UUAUGGAAGAAACUUACCAUAGAAAAUUCAGAUUAGGUGAGUUGACGAAGAAAAACAAAGAGAAGAAAUGAAUGAAAUGAAGGUGUCAAUGGUGAUGGGCUUUUGUACAAAUUUGAAAUUUAGGAUUGGGAGGGAAGGUUGAAGGAAGGGUCAAAUAGUGUGGGAAUGUGGGUUUUGAGUGUUUGACGGUGAACGGUAUAGAAAUUUAGGCAAGCUUUCGACCCGUUUUGUUGUCCUUUUGUCAAAUAGGAUAAGUGUAGGAGCAGCAAGCCCUUUUGUCCAAAUCCAAGUCUGUGAAGGAUACAAGGAGAGAACUCAGAGAAGAGACCGAUGUCUUCAGUGACAGUGCCACCCGUCUUGACCUCGCCUCGCGAUGACGCUAUUCAGCUCUACCGGGCUUUCAAGGGGUUAGGAUGUGACACUGCAGCUGUUGUCCAUAUUCUUGCACACCGGGAUGUUACACAACGCGGUCUCAUCCAACAAGAAUAUAGAGCCAUGUAUUCUGAUGACCUGGUUAAACGUUUGUCUUCAGAGCUUAGUGGGAAUGUCAAGAGAGCAGUGUUACUCUGGGUACAAGAUCCUGCAGGACGGGAUGCUUCCAUAGUGAGGCAAGCAUUAAGUGGAAAUGUGGUUGAUCUCAAAGCUGCUACUGAAGUAAUAUGUUCCCGCACACCAUCCCAGAUACAACAUUUUAAACAACUGUAUUUUGCAAUGUUUGGUGUUUACCUUGAGCAAGAUAUCGAAUAUCAAGCAUCUGGCGAUCAUAAAAAGUUGCUACUUGCAUAUGUAAGAGUGCCACGCUAUGAAGGCCCAGAAGUUGAUAGAGCAAUGGUCGAGAAGGAUGCCAAAGCUCUCUAUAAAGCUGGGGAGAAGAAAUUGGGAACUGAUGAGAAUACUUUCAUACGUAUUUUUUCUGAAAAAAGCAGGGCUCAUUUAGCUGCUGUUAGUAGUGCUUACCACAGUGUGUAUGGUAACUCAUUGCAAAAGGCAGUAAAAGGUGAAACAUCUGGGCAUUUUGAGUUUGCCCUUUUGACUAUCUUACAGUCUGCUGAGAAUUCUGGGAAGUACUUUGCAAAGGUACUGCACAAGGCGAUGAAGGGCCUGGGAACAGAUGACACUACACUAACCAGGAUAAUUGUGACAAGAGCCGAGAUUGAUCUACAGUACAUAAAGCAAGAGUACAGAAAGAAAUAUGGGAAGACAUUAAAUGAUGCUGUUCAUUCAGAGACUUCAGGGCAUUACAAGGCGUUUCUUCUUGCUCUCUUGGGCCCCAACCAUUAGGCAAGAUAUCAUCUGGGAAUCGUGUAAGAUAGGAGUGCUAGUGGCAAGAAAGGUGAAUCAACUCUCAACCCUGUCCCACGGCAAGAAAGUUCUCCGGGUUCAUGCCUGGUUGUCCAUGCUUGCUGAUUCUACAAGCAAUUUCUCAAGUUUGUUGGAUAAUGAUUUCUUGUAUAAUAAGCUAUAUUUGUUUGGUUUUCUUUCUUGCUUUGUAUUCUUGUUUCCUUUCUUUUUAGAAAUGUGUCAUGUAUGGUGUGAAUGGCUUGUUCAUGUAAUGAAAUUGUUGACUUAAAGAAAGCGUGCUCCUACUGGGACCAAAAAACAAGGAAAUGGAUGGGUUGCUUCUUGCCUCUGAAAACAUCUUUCCUCAUGGGCUCUAUA